AGGGGAUUUUUCAGCUUUCCGAUAGCUCAGCAUCCCGCUGAAGCUCGUGCUGGCUCCYGGAGUUAAACCCAGCCCUAACAAAGAGCUGUUUAUUAAAGGCAGCGACGCGCCAGCAUCUAUUUGCUUUUGCCUCCCUUCCUCUGGGCUCGGGGUAUCCCAGAGCUGCCAGCACAGCCGGGGUCAUCCCCACAUCCCCACUGGCAGCCCGGGACCCCCCAAAACUGCUCCCGGGGAAGCAGAGGACACCGAGCAGCGCUUUACUUGGGCUGCUGUGUUUGUCCUCCCUCAACCUUCAGCAGCUCUUUGGAAAUGGGAAUCAUUCCACAGUGCAGUUAUGGAAAGGGAGAAAGAAAUCCCUUAGAUCAGGUGGGGCAGAGCCCACCAGCUCAGCUCGCUUUCCCGGAAUUCCAUAGCUCCUACCAGUCCCUGUGUGCUCUCUCCUCUCUGAGCUCCUGGAUUUCUGAGCUCUGGAGCCGGCUUUUCUCUUUUUCCUCGGUUUCAAGUCAAUUCCACAGGAAUCCCAUAAUAACGGUGCCCGUCUCCGGCAUGAGUCAGUCCCGUGGGAGCGAUCGGUUUGCAGGCAGGAGUCCCACCAGCGUUCCUGGCCCCGGCAGAGCUCACAAGACAGCUGUUUUCCUCUUCUUUUGUCAUGUGGAAGUGGGACAGGGCUGGAGCUCCAGCAGGAUGGAACAUGAGUUAUAGCAUCUCUCCCACAAAGCGAUCCCAGCCCUGCUUGGAGCGCAGGCCUAGGUGGAAAAAAACUCCUGGAUCCGGGUAAAUGUGGGGGAAAAUACAAGAUCAGGGCACUCAGGAGACAUCAGAUGCUGUGGAGGUCCCACACCAGCCUCCUCCCACGGGCAGCAGGUUGGCUCCCGGGYGGAGUAGCAGCACAAGGAGGUCCCCAUCCGUGUCCCCAUCCCUGUCCCCCUCACUGUUCCCGCAGAGCUGCCUCAGCAGGCAGCAGCUCCUGGCUGCCAUCCGGCAGAUGCAGCAGCUGCUGAAGGGGCAGGAGACACGCUUCUCCGAGGGGCUGCGUGCCAUGAGGAGCCGGCUCAGCACCAUCCACGCCUCCCUGGCCAAGGCUGCCCCGGAGCCACCCCCCACCUCCUGUCCUGCCCUCCAAGCCCCGGCAGAUGGGAGGAAAUUCGGCACCAAAUACUUGGUGGAUCAUGAGGUUCACUUCACCUGUGAYCCAGGAUUCCAGCUCCUGGGCUCCAGCACGCGGAUGUGCCAGGCCAACGGCAGCUGGACAGGGCAGGAGCCCCGCUGUGCAGAGAUCAGCGAGUGCUCGAGCAGCCCCUGCCAGAACGGCGGGACGUGCCUGGUGGGGCUCAACCACUUCAAGUGCCUCUGCCCCGCGCAGUGGACGGGCACGGCCUGCCAGUACCAGGCUCAGACCGCUCCUCCCACUUGGAGCGUGACGGAUGACCCGGCGUUCAGYCGGCAGCCCCGCUGUGCCCAGAUCGCCCAGACUCAGCAGUGCAGCUGCGAUCCCGGCUUCCACAUGAGCGGCACGGCUUCCAAUGGGAUCUGCCAGGACCUCAAUGAGUGCGAGGUGUACCAGCGGGAAGGGGGACCCCGGCUCUGCGCCCACGCCUGYGUYAACAUUCCCGGCUCCUUCCGCUGCUCCUGCCCCACUGGAUACAUUCUCCUUGGYGAUGGAAAGAGCUGCGAAGAUAUUGAUGAGUGUUCCCUAUCCCAGGAUAACUGCACAAGCGGGAGCACCUGCAUCAACACUGGGGGGGGAUUCCAGUGUGUCACCCCUCAGUGUCCCCCGGCCGCCGGCAACAUCUCCUACGUCAAAACCUCCCCCUUCCAGUGCGAGCGCAAUCCCUGCCCCAUGGAGAGCCGCUCGUGCCAUCAAGCUCCCAAAACCAUCUCCUUCCACUACCUCCCGCUCCCCUCCAAGCUCCAGACUCCGGCGCCGCUGUUCCGCAUGUCCACGGCAGCAGCUCCCGGCCGGCCGGGACCCGACAGCCUGCGCUUUGGAAUUGCGGGCGGGAAUAACCGCGGGCACUUCGUGGUGCAGCGCUCGGACCGGCACACCGGGGAGCUCAUCCUGGUGCAGAGCCUCCAGGGGCCCCGGAUCAUCCACGUGGAUGUGGACAUGUCUGAGUACCUGGAUCGGGUGUUCCAGGCCAAGCACAUGUCCAAAAUCACCAUCUUUGUCUCGGCCUAUGAGUUUUAGGGGUGGCUCCUGCUCUCUGCUCAGCAGCCCACGGCUCCCGGUGAAAUUCCAGGCUGGAGCUGCUCUGCAGCCAGCCAGCCUCCCCACUGUCCUGAGGUUCUUCCCMGGUGGAUUUACACCUGCCUUGGUGCACCCAAAGGAGGUGGAAAAGAAGCGGGAAGCCCUGUCCUCAUCCUGGCUCUAGAGAGAUGAUGUCCUACAACAGCAGAUGGAAACCAGAGCCCUUGGUUCCCACUGUUUCCUUUAGGAAGCAGUGAAGMCAAGUGUGCGGGAGGAGGAAGGCUCAUGACCUUUCCUGCUCUCCUCCCUUCCCUGCACGGAGUCCUACUCCCUAAAAACACUCCUCCACUUCCCUCUGGAUGCUGAGAAUCCCCUGGCAGUCCAUGGGGACUGGGCUCCAGUGCUUUAAUUCCUUGGGAUUGAUCAGGGCUGGAAAACUCCAUGAACAUCCACCUGGAUGCCCUCCUUGGCAAGCAGGGCAAAGGAGGAAUCCCAGGGCUAUCCCUUCUCCUUAAACGUCCCUAAUGGAGAUCCCCCAUGGAUMCUCCUCACAGCUUCAGCAGCAUAUGGAGGUGGGAAUAUUCCAUGCUCCAUCAGUCAGAGCCUCCAUCCCAAUGCAGGAACACUGGGAAGAGCUGGGAUUCACCCUCCUGCUUUGUGCAUGUUCUGCAUGUUCCCUCAUCCCGCUGGAUUUAGUACAAUUAAAGGAUGAUGUAAAGGAUGGCA